AUGGGGAGGAGAUUAACGGAAUUCCUCAAUUCAUCUUCUUCCGGCAAGUUCAGACUCAUACUAGUGGCCGCUUUCGCCGUCGUUUCCCUUCUCUUUGCUGCCGCCCUCCUUUCCCCGGAAAGCCCAUUUUUCUACCUUCCUUUGAGAAUAGCCUUAUCUUCCCGGCGGCCCAGAAUCUACGAUCCAACCUGCGACAGCCGCCGCGACCACCACAGCUACUCCGCUACUAAAUACCACAGAACCCCAUCCCCUCAACCGUCUCCUUACCUCCUCGCCAAGCUCCGCGACUACGAGGAUCUCCACCGCCGCUGCGGCCCCUUGUCUGACCCGACACUAAACCCUCAAGAGUUUCGCACCGACGACUGCAAAUUCGUCGUGUACGCGCCUUCCCAGGGGCUGGGGAACCGAAUCCUCGGGCUUUCCUCCACUUUCCUCUACGCCCUGCUCACGAAUCGGGUCCUCCUCGUCGAAUUCGGACCCGACAUGGAAGAUCUCUUCUGCGAGCCAUUUCCGAACUCCACCUGGUACCUGCCCGAAACUUUUCCUUUCAGAUUUCAGAAGGAGGAAGAUCAGCAGAAGAAAGAGGGGAAAUUUAGCCUCCUCGAUUCUUCGGCUCCGGCCCUCUUGCAGAUCUUCCUCCAAGAUAAGUACAACGAUUACGACAAGCUGUUCUUCAGAGACGAGAAUCAAGGGUUUGUCCACCGCGUUCCAUGGCUGGCUCUAGUACAUGAUGGGUAUCUCAUCCCCUGCCUUUUCCAGAUGCAGUCUUUUAGGUCCGAAUUGGAGAAAUUGUUUCCCGAUCAAGAAACCGUUUUCCACCACUUGGCGAAAUACCUACUGAGCCCUUCCAACGAAGCUUGGGAGCACAUCACCGGAUUCUACAAAGCUUACUUAGCCAAAGCAGAGGAGCGAAUUGGGUUCCAGAUUCGAGUCUUCGAGCCUAAGAAGACCACAUUUCCGGCCGUGAUGAAACAGAUCAUGUCCUGCACUCAGAAACACAGAAUCCUGCCGCAAUCCAGCGAGGUGCCCCUCCGAAACGGGACAUCGAAGUCUAUCUUUGUUGCAUCGUUGUCGCGCAAGUACUACGAGGAGAUCGAUUCGAUGUACGGUGAACGAAGUCAUGGCGGGAUUGCAGUUUACCAGGCGAGCCACGAGGGGAAGCAGCAUUUUGGGGAUAACUCGCACAACAUGAAGGCGUGGAUGGAUAUAUAUCUGUUGAGUAUGAGCGAUGUGUUGGUGACGAGUAGCAUGUCGACAUUUGGGUAUGUGGCUGCAGGGAUUGCAGGGGUGAGGCCAUGGAUUGUGAUGAUUCCUGAUCCGUACCAUCCCCGCGGGGCUGAUGAACCGUCCUGUGAACGGGCAGUCAAUAUCGAGCCGUGUUUCCAUUUCCCGCCGUGGUUUGCUUAUCCUGAUCAGCCGGGGACUGUUGGGCCUGUGGCUCGGUGUGAGGAUGUGUCGUGGGGGCUGAAGAUCGUCGGUGGAUAAAACGCAACGUCGGUAGAGUUUUUAGGGGUAGGUGAGAAAUGGAAAAUGGAUAGCUUUGCCA